AUGAGUAAAAUUAUAAAUCAGAUAUUUGAUGAUUACAAUAAGUCUAGAAUACAAUUCACUCAAAGCAUCUCUGAUCAAUGCUUAAAAUCUCAUAAUAUUGAAAUGUUAAUAAAUACAGAUAUAAUUAUUUUACUUCGUCCAUUUAUACUAGAUAAAGUCCCUAUUGUUCAACAAAAUGCUACUUUUAUUCUAGCCAAAUUAGCUAAUUAUUCUGAAGAAAUAGCUUUAACAAUUUUGCAAAAUGAUAUUUUGCCACACUUAAUUUAUUGUUUAAAACAUGAAAAUAAAAAUUAUAGAAAAAAUUGUGCUUAUACUUUAAAGUGUUUAGCUAAGCAUAAUUCAAAACUAGCCAACAUGGUUGCUGACGAAAAUUGUAUUGAUUAUUUGAUGGAUAAUUUGGAUGAAUAUGAUUUGAAAUUAAAAGAGUCUUGUAUUAAUGCAUUGUGUGCUAUUGUAAAAAAUGAUUUAUGUUUAUCUAAUAAUGUAGUUAAUAAAGGAAUAAUUCCUUUGUUAAUUUUAUGUUUGCAAGAAAAAGAUAAUAAUUUAAUAAAAAGCUGUAUAAAUUUAUUAUCUGAAUUAAGCAAGCAGUCAAAUGAAAUAGCUAAAAGUGUAGUUGACAAUAAUGCUUUACCUAAUUUAAUAAAAUUUUUAGACAGUAAUGAUAUUCAUAUAAAAAGAUACACUUGUAAUUGCUUAUCACAUAUAGCAAAACACAAAGAAGAGUUAACGGAAUUAAUGAUAGAAAAUGAUAUAUUUCCUAGAGUUCUUUAUUUAUUAAAAGAUAAUGAUGAUAUUGUUAAGAAAAAUUGUGCUAAUUCUUUAAAAGAAAUGAGUAAACAUAAUGAAGAUAUAUGUAAAAUUAUUGUACGUGCAGGAGCAUUACCAUUUUUAUCUGAAUAUAUAGAAGAAUCUAAAGAUAACAUAAAAUUACCUGCUAUAUUGUGUCUUGGUUUUAUAUCUUCUUUUUCUGAGUCAUUAAGUUUAAAUAUUAUUUUAUCCAAUGUAAUUCCUAUUUUAAAAAAAUGUUUAAUUGAAGAAAGUGAAGAUUAUAUAAAAUGUGCGUGUGUGUGGACAUUAGGAAAUAUUGGGAAACAUUCACCUGAACAUGCAAAAAAAAUAUGCGACGAAAAUAUAUUAAUUAUUUUUGUUAACUUAUACAAUUCUAAUGACUCUUCUGAUGAUUUAAAAAAAAAAGUUACAAUUUCAUUAAAAAGUAUUACACAAAAAGUAACUAAUUUAGAAGCUUUAGAACCUGUUUUUAUUAAAUCACCUAUUAAAUUAGCUAAAUAUUCUAUUCUUCAAUUUGCUAAAAUAUUGCCUAACAAUCAUUCAUACAAAAAAUCAUUUAUUAAAUCUGGAUGUUUACAACGUUUACAAGAAAUAAAAAGUUCAGAAGAAGGAAAAAAAUUUGAAAUGGAAAUCAAUAGUAUAAAUAAAUCCUUCCCGGAAGAUAUAAUAAAUUAUUAUACACCUGGAUAUUCUGAAACUUUAAUUAAAAAAAUUGAUGAAGUUGACAAAAUGUAA